AUGGUUCCUAAGAACAGCAAUAAUGAGAAGUUUCUUAAAAAGCGCUACAAAGAGCUGAUACCUCGCAUACACUUUGCAUUAUUUAAAGUUUCUGAUUUGGCCAUGGGUACUUUCUCAAACACUGGUUACCGGGAUACUUUAGUAGAUUUUCCGCACCUGAUGCCCGACCCGUCCAUACUAACUGUCAUUAGUUCACCGAAAUAUUACGCAAACAACGAGUUGUUUAAAAUAUUUAAUACUUUUAAACUCGAGGCCAAGGAAUUGCUAUGAAACAUAAUCACAAUAAAUGUUUGAUCGGUGUCUGGGCAUUGGGUUCACUAAUACUCAUAAACUAUUUCGGAAGCGAUUUACAGGCACUGGAGGUAUCGGAACAGACACUCAAAAUAGAGUCC